GUGGCUCUGGAGGAGCUGCAGGAUCUGAAGGGUGUUUGGUCGGAGCUGUCGAAGGUCUGGGAGCAGAUCGAUCAGAUGAAGGAGCAGCCGUGGGUCUCUGUGCAGCCGCGUAAGCUGCGCCAGAGUCUGGACGCUCUCCUCAACCAGCUGAAGAACUUCCCCGCCCGUCUGCGGCAGUACGCCUCCUACGAGUACGUGCAGAGACUGCUCAAGGGGUACAUGAAGGUGAACAUGCUGGUGAUCGAGCUGAAGUCGGAGGCGCUGAAGGACCGGCACUGGAAGCAGCUGAUGAAGCGUCUGCAUGUGAACUGGGUUCUGUCCGAGCUGAGUCUGGGUCAGAUCUGGGACGUGGACCUGCAGAAGAACGAGAUGGUGGUGAAGGACGUGCUGCUGGUGGCGCAGGGAGAGAUGGCUCUCGAGGAGUUCCUCAAGCAG